AUGAGUAAAACACCAAUCCCAGACGAAUACGAUGAUACCAGGAUUUUAGGAUACGAUCCUUUGAUACCACCUGCGUUAUUACAGCACGAAAUCAGAGCAAGUAAAGAAUCAUUGGACGUUGUGAUCAGAGGACGUAUUGAAUCAUCAGAGAUUAUAAGCGGAAAGGAUGACCGUUGUUUGGUCAUUGUUGGACCAUGUUCUAUCCAUGACACUGAAGCAGCAUUGGAAUAUGCUACCAGAUUGAAGAAGUUGUCGUUGGAAUUGGAAAAUGACUUAGUAAUUGUCAUGAGAGCAUACUUGGAAAAGCCAAGAACUACCGUUGGUUGGAAAGGGUUGAUCAACGACCCAGAUGUGGACAACUCGUUUGAUAUCAACAGAGGGUUAAGAAUCUCCCGUCAGUUAUACUCUGAUUUGACCGGCAAGACUGGCUUACCAAUUGGUUCCGAGAUGUUGGAUACCAUUUCUCCACAAUACUUCUCAGACUUUUUGAGUUUUGGUGCUAUUGGUGCUAGAACCACCGAGUCGCAAUUACACCGUGAGUUAGCAUCUGGUUUAUCUUUCCCAAUUGGUUUCAAGAAUGGUACCGAUGGUAACUUAGGCGUUGCCUUAGAUGCUGUUCAAGCGUCUUCUAAGGGUCACCACUUCAUGGGUGUCACCAAGAAUGGUACUGCUGCCAUUACUACUACCAAGGGUAACGAAAACUGUUUCAUCAUCUUGAGAGGUGGUAAGAAGAUUACCAACUACGACCCUGAAUCUGUCGCUGCCGCAAAGGAAGCCAUCAACAAGAGUACCGAUCCAAAUAUCAAGUUGAUGGUUGAUUGCUCUCAUGAUAAUUCUCAAAAAGACUACAGAAACCAACCUAAGGUAAUGGAAAGUGUUGUUGACCAAAUCUCUAAGGGUGAAAACGCUCUUAUCGGUGUCAUGAUUGAAUCUCACAUUAAUGAAGGUAAACAAAGCAUGCCAGGUCCAAAAGAAGACAAGAGCGCUUUGAAGUACGGUGUCUCUAUCACUGAUGGAUGUGUUGGUUGGGAAACUACUGUUGAAUUAUUGCACAACUUGAGUAAGGCCGUGCAAGAAAGAAGACAAAUUAAUAAGUCUAAAGCUUAA